GCUUAUUACAAGAUGAUUUUGAAUGGGAUAAGUGCUUAGAAGAUGCUGCCAAAAUACGAUCAGAAAGUCAGCUUUGUUACUUAUUUGCUGUUAUUUUAAGCAACUGUCAAUCUAACAAACCUGAGCAUCUGUGA